AUGCUCACUAAUGAAACUCUAAUUGUAACAGUGACUUUUGUAUCUGCUUUUGGUCAACAAGCCGUAAAAUCAUUCCCACUUAAAUUAAGUAAACCUUAUCCUAAACCAAGUUCUACCAUUCCUACUAGAACAGUUACCUUCCUUAGUUCAGAAGAUGAGACUAUUCCUCUUCGAGAAUUCUAUGAAAAUCCUGAAUGUUUAGAUCAAGGAAUCGUUCCAUCCUUUUCCCUGUAUCGCGGUUACUAUGAUGAUUAUUUUACUAUGGAUCGUACUAGUUCACAUUCGGUUAUUCUUACCUCAGAUUUAAUUAUUGUUAAAUCUUUAACGUUUACAAAUGAGGAAAUACUGCCCAUAUGGUUUGGCAAUUCAGCAAGAAUCCGGUUAGAUGUUCGUUACCUUCCACCUAUUCCAAAAAUAGUCGAAUCGAUUGUUUAUUAUAACUUUAUACAGCCAAGCAUUACCAUUGCUUGUAGGAGUCCUUAUGGAGAUUCAUAUUUUUACAGCAGCAUCAGAUAUUCGUUGUUAGAGGAUUCUUCCAAAAUAGCGAAUGGAUACGCUUCCUCUGCAACUGUUCCAGUUAGAGUACUGAGUGCUGCUAAUCCAGACUCUGCAGUAUCGAGUGCUCUUUUCGAAUUGACUUGUAGUGGGCCAAAUAGGCUUGGAGAUACUUCCAUUUCAAAAUAUGUGACAUUUAUUAAAGAACAACCUGCAAGUAGUACACCUCACCAGGAUAUUGUAAAAUUCUUGCAGUUUCAUUGA